AUGACGACUGUUAACGGAAAAGACACCACCGACGUACCACCAUCCUCUCUAAUUCGAAGAAUUAGUUCGCGAUCAAUAAAAAACGAGGAUAAAGAGAACGGUGAUGUUUGUAAGGGAUCGUUUGUUAGUAAAUACAAGAAGGUGCCAGAGGCGCUUAAAAAUUUUCACUUAAAUGAUCCUGAAGAAAAUUUGGAGGUUCCUGGAACACCAGCGACGCCACGGACUUCGACUACACCUGGUCACGAAAAAUGCACAUUUCACCAUGAUUUGGAGCUGGACCACCGACCGCCCACCCGGGAGGCUCUCCUCCCCGACAUGGCUAACUCCUACAGGCUCUUGCUCACGGGAUUGGGAGAAGAUCCAGAAAGAGAUGGUCUUCUCAAGACUCCUGAAAGAGCUGCCAAAGCCAUGUUAUUCUUCACUAAAGGAUACGACCAAAGUCUAGAAGAGGUGUUAAACAAUGCCAUCUUCGACGAAGACACAGACGAGAUGGUUGUAGUAAAGGACAUUGAGAUGUUCUCUAUGUGUGAACAUCACUUGGUGCCCUUCUACGGAAAAGUCUCUAUCGGAUACCUGCCGCAGGGCAAGAUUCUUGGACUUAGCAAGCUUGCAAGAAUUGUGGAGAUCUACUCCAGAAGGCUUCAAGUACAGGAGCGUCUGACUAAACAGAUAGCGAAGGCCGUCACUCAAGCAGUGAGACCUGCUGGUGUAGCUGUCGUCAUCGAAGGAGUGCACAUGUGCAUGGUGAUGCGUGGUGUCCAGAAGAUAAACAGUAAGACAGUCACCUCAACGAUGUUGGGCGUGUUCCGUGACGACCCCAAGACUCGUGAGGAGUUCCUCAACCUUGUUCACUCCAAGUGA